AUGUCUCCGAAUGUCUCUGUCCCGGCCUUCGGCCUGCUGCUGCUCUUAGUAGCAGUAAGCGCUUUUCCAUCGGCGUGGUCACUUGAUUCUCAUGUCAUGGGACUGUCGUCCUUAGAUUGGCCACGGUCUACUCCUGUCCGGCGAGAUGUCGAGCCUUUCACCCGUUACCAAAAGCGCGAUGAUGAUCAGGAUACCCAAGAUACCUGCAAUCCAUUCUCCAUGAUUCAAAACCUCCAUGAGCCGAUCCAUAGCCUUGAUACUCAAGGAUUCAAUGUCUCCUUGGCUAAAAGGGUCAAUUUGGAAGUCCCUGGUGAUGACACAGACAUGGAUGUGUGGAUGAGAGAACGCGCUGAAACCACGAAACCAAUUGUUUGGGAAGUCAGCCCAGGAACCGACGCCAACACAGCAAUUUUCCGAAAGUUUGGGAGGAAUUCUUUUAGCCUCGGAACGAACGGUCUUUGUGGGUGCAGUUCACUGUGGAUCAUCAGCAGAAAAGGGGUGUAUGCCACUCACUAUUGGGAGAGUAUCUCAUUUGCGCCUGAGAAAGAAUGGAUCAACCCGGGCGAAACCAAUGCUGAGGUUUUCGAACGCACUGUCAUUGAUGGUCUCAAAAGCGGAACCGCUGUCAAAGGCAAGCCAAUGCAGGCUAGGCUCGACAGAGACGGGAUUGCGGACGACCAUAUCAAGGCUUAUCUUGUUCAUCCUCAACGAACAUGGAAAAACACGCCCGCCGCUGUUGAUGGUUAUCGAGUGCAAUGGAAUAGGAUCAAAGACACCGUGAAAGCCAUCAUACCGGAGCUGGCGUCAGAUGACAAAUGGGAAGAAGUCAUCUACAACCGGUUACGUGGGAACGACCGACAACUGUUUGAAACUGCACUUGGACAUGUGUUGUUCCAGUUUUCCCCCGAUGAUCAAGAGAAAAGGAAGGCUGCUCUAUGGGUUGAGAGACGGAGGCAACCAUACCAUGACGACGCCUGGGAGUAG